AUGGCACAGAAGGCCAAGGCUCCGAGUUCUCCAGGAGAGGAGGUACCUUGCAAAAUCCAGAAGUGUGGAACGGCUGAGUUUACAAGGGAGAAGCAGGCAGAGCCCGAUGAAAGCCCGGCAGUGGUCACGAGCGGAGCUCCGGAGGAGAGCACCGAAGUUCUGACCAAUGUGACGAGCGGCGCACAGGCCUGCGACAUUCCAGAUGCAAGGUUGAUUGCAGAGGUCCAGUCCAUCCUGGUGAACGUGGACUUGCAGUCCAUGACGCUCGGCGCGCUCCGGGCAAGGCUGGAAGGGAACCUCGGUCUGACAGACGGGGCUCUCGCAGCCAGGAAGAGAAUCCGACGACGACUGAGCUUUGUCGUCCACCAAGAGGUCCUCAAGAAAUCGCAACGAUCGCAGCAAUGCGAGAAGGUCGUCAAGGAGCUUGUGCGUGAGGCAGCUGUAGCUACCGUAGCCAUGCCGAUACAGCGGCCGAGACGGCUGCGCGUGUGGCAAGUGGUGGAUCAGCACAGAGCCGCCCCAAGCCUUGCACUCUCGGCCCCGUGGGGCCAGAGCCGUGAGCUGGACGACGCAGCUGCGCGGCAGCUUCUGAACAGUGUGGACGUUUUUGUUUUCGACCUUGACGGCGUGAUCUGGAUCGGAGACAAGCUGGUAGAUGGCGUCCAAGAGGCUUUGGCCGAUUUGCGCAAGUCGGGCAAGGUCGUUGUGUUUGCAACGAACAAUGCCAUGCGGACCCGAGCGGAUGUUGCUGGCCGAUUGAGGUUGCUGGGUGUGGACUGGGCUGAAGAACAGCACGUUUAUAACAGCGCAGCAGCGGUCGCGCAACUUCUGGAAAGACGCGGAGUCCCCAAAGAUCGGGACAUCUAUGUCGUUGGUGAGGCUGGGCUGCGGGACGAGGUAGAGGCGCUUGGCUACCGCACUCGGG